CUUAUAAAAGACACAAAAACCAAAGAAAGGUCAAACAGUUGAAUUUCAACAACUCGACAAUGAAAGCUGUAACAUUUGCCGUGCUUAUUGUUUGCCUUUUGGUGGUGCUGGUUGCAGCACAACCACAAAGGUUCCACCACAACGGUGCCAUUCAACAGCAUAAGUCGCCAUAUGAAGGAGGCGAUGAUCAGCAACACAUGGGUCGACCGGAGAGUGAUGAGGGUUCUAAUGAACGUCCCUACAAGCGUCAUGGCCAUGAACAACGUCGUCCCUAUGACCACGAGCUAGGUCCAUUCCAGGGACAAGGACCUUCUCACGAUCAAAAUCCCCAACAUAAGCACCGUCCCUCUAAUGGUCAUCACCGUACCCCACCACCACAGAAGGACGAGAGCACCACUUUCGAGCCUGAAGAGUCGACCACAGUUGAGUCGGAAGAGUCGACCACAGUCGUGCCUGAGGAAUCCACGACCUUGGCACCAGUGGAAGGUACCACACAAUAGAACGGUAAAAACUCUCUUCAAUAUGAAAAGAUAUUGCAUUUAGUAUUAUAUUAAA